GGGGGAGAAAGAGAGAGAGAGAGAGAGAGAAACAGGAAAAAAGUGAGUGAAGAGGGUACACAGUAAAGAGGGAGAGAAAAAGAAGGAGAUGAAAUAAAUUGAACGAGGAGAAAGCUAGAAGUUGUUGCCUGUUUCCUCUUAUACACCUGUCCUCGUUUACCUGGUUCGCCCCGCCCCGACCAAUAGCCAGUCGACCGAUUUGUGACGUAGUUGUUGGGCACCAAGCUCCCAUGGUGGGGGGUUAAAGUACCAGGAGUUGCGGACCACGUUGGUACACAAAAGAGGCGGGGGUGGGGGUGGAAGUAGUGGUGGCAGAAAGGGGCACCCGGUCCGAACUGUUCUGCUCAGCCAAAGGAACACCAAAACCAUCCUCGCAUUUCCCACCACUGGGUCGUUGCGGGAAAACGUUCCCGAAAUUAAUUUUUUCGCUCAUAAAAAAAAAAAAAUUUACAAAACUCUUUCAUCGAAAUUGUGUUUUGUGAACGCGAUCGGUAGUGAUUUCUCUGCUUUUUCAGGAGCAAUUUUUUGGAUUACAGUUAGCAGUCUUUCUUGCUAAUAAAGAGAUGUUUUUUUUGUGAUUUAAUAGAGUGAUGUGAGAAAUGUAGACACAACGCCAGGGGGUGAAGGAUUAAGAGAUAGGUAAAAGUUUGGAUGUUUAAAAAAAAAGGGAAAUUUGAGUGAGAAGUGAAAAUUGUGGAUUAGGGGGUGAAAUUGGGGGUGGCUUGAAAUUACGAAGUUGGGAAGGUCAGAGUGCGCAAGGGUGUGAUGCCCUGGUUAUGGUUAGGCGUGAGUGAGGUCAGUGGCAAGAGGAGGAGGUGGUCGACGGACCGCGAUUGGCGAAAGAAUAAGAAGCUGGUAGCAUCAUCAGCGGCGUCGUCGUCAUCAUCAUUCACGACCCUUAACGUAGUGCAGAGUGCAGCCACCGCGCGGUACCACGAGGUCCGUGAUUAUGGUGUGUAAUCGUGUCCUGGUAGCAAGGCCGGCGUACUUGCACCAGGUGAGUGGCUCCAGGCUGCAGUUUCCGCGUUAUCUGAGAAUUGUGCUUGUGCUCGUCAUCCUCGGGAUACCGAGUCCGGGCAAUAAUCUUGUCCUGGCCUGCGGUCCCGGCAGGGGUGGAGGUCGCAGGCCAACCCUUCGCAAACUCACGCCCCUUGUUUUUAAGCAACAUGUGCCCAAUGUCAGUGAGAACACCCUUCCGGCAAGUGGGCUCAGCGAAGGUCGCGUGUCUAGACACGAUUCCAGGUUUCGGGAUUUAGUGCCAAACUAUAACACCGACAUUAUCUUCAAGGAUGAGGAGGGCACUGGAGCCGAUCGUCUCAUGACCCAGAGGUGCAAAGAGAAGCUGAACACUUUAGCAAUAUCAGUGAUGAACCAAUGGCCAGGAGUAAAAUUACGUGUAACAGAGGGUUGGGACGAGGAGGACAAACAUGCCACGGACUCUCUUCAUUACGAAGGACGAGCAGUCGACGUUACCACCAGUGAUCGCGAUCGUUCCAAGUACGGCAUGCUGGCAAGACUGGCUGUCGAAGCUGGAUUCGAUUGGGUCUACUACGAAUCCAGAUCACACAUCCACUGUUCUGUUAAAUCUGAAUCAUCAUCAGCGGGCAAAUCGGGAGGUUGCUUCCCCGGCAAGAGCAUAGUGAGGACAAAGGAGGGUACCAAAAAGAGAUUAGACGAACUGAAGAUCGGCGAAGAAAUUGCGUCGCUCAAUUCGAACGGCGACAUUGUCUACAGUGAAGUAAUAAGCUUCAUGGAUCGACAGCCAACCGAGAAGAGGCAAUUCAUUCAACUCACAACUGCCACGGGUAAAGUUUUAACCUUGACACCAUCACAUCUUCUGCCAGUCGAGGGAAAAUCGAUCAUCUUUGCCGCGAGGGUUGAAGUUGGCGAUAAAAUAUUGGUGAGGGAUUCCGAUGAAGCAGAAAAUAUGGUGCACGAUGCUCUUCGUUACGACAGGAUAAUUGAAGCGAAACUCGUUCUAGAGGAAGGUGUUUUCGCCCCAUUAACUAAUGAAGGAACAGUUCUCAUUGAUGACGUUGUUGCUUCGUGUUACGCCUUAAUCGAAAGCCAAACUAUAGCCCAUUACUCAUUCCUCCCUUACAGACUCUGGAGUUAUGUAACGUCCGGUGUCAGUAGGUUCGCCAGAUUCAUCAUUGAAUCUGUUAAGAGAGAGCCGGAAGUCAGAGCAUCGGUAACCACGGAAUUGAAUUCGAUACGGGAACAACCGGAAGGUGUUCUUUGGUACGCUUCUAUGCUGUAUACCUUGUCCGCAUACGUAGUUCCUUCAAAUAUGAUGUACUGAAGAAUAUUAUUGAUUCCAACGUGUAAAUUUAGAAACGUGAAAGACUGUUAGAUAUUUUAUAGGAAAAUAGUGAACACGACCUCUUCCUUAACAGAAAUUUCUGUUUAAUAUUAUAUUAUUAUUAUAUAUACAUUAUUUUAUGUGAUGUUAUUUAAAUUCGCCCUACAAUCAUACAUAUAUAUAAUUACAAUCGCUCAAUCCUUUUUUUUUAUUAAAUUAUACGUAUAUUGACGUAAAAAUAUGUACCCAGUGUAAAAAGAUCUCUUAUUUUGAAGGCGGAAAGAACUGCAAAUAGAUUCACAGCAAAUGUUCUAUUAAAAUAGUUUGCUUCUCUUUCAUUCUUAACUAGAACAAAAAGAGCUUUGCAUCGAUUUUGUAGAGCAAAAUUUUCUCUUACUUUCUUGCGACAAUGUUUCUCUAAAAUUUUGAACGUUCAAAUAAACGAAUUUUUUUCCCAGUGUUUACAAAAAUUACUAUGAAAAAUGGAAAUGUUAAAUUAAAUUCAACAUUUAUUUAGUUAAAAAUUUAUUUUUCUCUUAAUAUUUAUUCACAGUCUCAAUUUGAUAUCCUUAGAGAAACUGUAUUAAUAUAAUACUUAAAAGUAGUAACAAAAAUUUUGCUUAUUUAUACGUUCAAAACUUUAAAAACAUACAAUUUUCAAAAAGUUCUUUAUUGAAUUUCUAAACGUAUUUUAUAUUUUAUAAUUUACACUGCUACAUACUGCUUCUAAGACAAUUUGGUCUUAAAAUCCGUAAAAAGCGCAAUUUGACUUAAAAACAUAGCUUUCUUAAAUUAAGGCUCAAGAUUUUUAUUUCAAUUUUUUAUUUUUUUGCUCAUUUACAGAAAUGUAAAUGAAUUAAGAUUCUUGGAAUUUUCCAAGUUAUUUAUAACUUAAUUUAUUUUUAAACAAUUUAAUUUCAGUAGCAUCUUAAAAUAAGAUUCUUUUUUACUGUGUAUUAACUCACUAAAUCUGAAAAAGUGAAAAUUCACUUAGAAUAUGUCAAAAGUCUUUUCCACAAAAAUCAAUACAAAAAUUCAAUAAAAAUUAAAAUAUAAAAAUAUU